AUGGACAUUCAGGAAUCGUCAAAGCCAAGCCGUCAUCUAGAUAGAGAGAGGAAACGAGCCGCGCGCGCGUGUGAUGGCUGUCGCCGCCAGAAGGAAAGAUGUGAUGGAGGCGUGCCUUGUCGGAGAUGCUUCCGGCUAGGUCGCCAGUGCGAUUUCUCAGGCAGGGCCGCAACUGAAGGGGAUUCGCAAGCUGGCUCAGGAAUGCGCCCUCCAAGCCAAAGACCUCGCGCGCCUGAUCAUAGCUCCGCUGAACAAGCAAAGAGGCUCGAAUAUCUGGAGAGAAUCGUCAAGGGUUACGUCGGAAAUAAAGAUGCUUUAGAUCUCGAAACCCUCAAGGGAUUAGCUCAAGCCGCAGAGAAACGUCGGAAUUCCCCUCGACCGGCAGACACCUCCUCUCAGAGCUCUGAAUUUGAGGGCGUGGAUGAAAAGUUUGAGAUACGGCCCCUCCACGGCAAUGUCACACAUUAUUCUGGAGAGUUUUCUCAUUGGAAUUUUUCAAUGCGGAUCAAGAAAUGGAUCGAUCAGAGUGUUCCCAGCGACACUUUAAAUGAGUACUACCGCGCUGAAGAGCUACAGUCACAUUCAGAUGCAAUAGGUGCAUUAGCACUUUUACCGCCGAGACCUAUCGCCGACUUUCUCGUUUAUUCCUUCUUCAAACAUGCACAGACCAACUAUUUCUUCGUUGAACAGAUCUGGCUCAAAGCCAAGCUUGAUCUUGCUUAUGAAAAUUCGGCAGCAUUCUCCCGGCGGGACGUGGGGUCAGUGUGCAUCCUCUUUGCCAUUCUUGCCAUUGGAACGCAAUUCGCCUACCUCGAAUCGUUGGUUGAUGGUGCCGAGAAUCCCACGGAAAAGGGGCCCGAUGCAUUUACCGAAGACUCCGUUGGGAUACUAUUCUAUCAGCAGGCAUGCCGACUGCUUCCAGAUGUAAUUACGGCCUCAUCGCUGGAGAGUGUCCAAGCCUGUUUGUUACUCGGCAUAUAUACGCUUCCGGUCGAUGCAUCUGGACUGGCAUACAUUUAUCUCAAUCUAGCCCUUAAGCUUGCGAUACAGAACGGCAUGCAUAGGAAAUACCCCGUCGAAAGUCGAGAUGCAGACGUUGUUGAAACCAGGAAUCGGGUUUGGUGGAGCGUAUACACCAUCGAAAAGCGUGUUGGAACGUUUCAUGGCAGACCGACAUCUAUAUCCAGUACUGAUGUGGAUGCUGACUUUCCCGUUCAUCGUCCUGAUCUAUGGUCCUCGACCUCGCAAACCGAUACUGCUCACAUCUUGGCAACUUUGGAGCUGAACCAGCAGCUGAGUAAAAUGUCUCGUGAAAUAGCAAUCUUGAGAUCGGUGCCUAAACAUGAAGUACCGGAGGGGCUGAAAAGGCUCGCACAACUUCACCGUGAACUCAAGACGUGGUGGGAUGCUCUACCAAAUGACAUCUUUUGCAAAGAAUUCACAUCCCAGUCGAAAAUUUCUCGCAAGCAUAUGCAUCUACAGUUGGAAUAUUGCCUCGUCCGCAUGUACGUUGGUCGCGUCUUCAUCUUCCCCGAGGCAGUAUUGAGGGAUGGCAGCAGCCCGUCCACGUCUGUAAACGCUCCCUCGACGGACUGCAUCGAAGCCGCCCUGUCAGUUAUAGACACGUGUCGCUGCCUGCGAAAUACGAUUGGCCUUGCCCGAGCCUCUUACACCGAGUUCAGCUCUUGUCGGGCAGCUCUCCUCGUCAUUACUACACAAUGUCUUUCCCAGAAGACAUACAUGUUUAGACAGGCUUUGCGAGAUGGCCUGUCGAUGCUUAAGGAGAUGUCAACUGGCAGCCAAUCUACACAAUCCGAAGUCUCGUUGAUUGAGGCUUUUGAACAAGCCAUCGCCAACAUGAAUACGCAGGAGCAGACUACCAGCACUACAGUGAGCGAGUCCCAAUACGCAAAGUUCAAAAGAUGGGAGCAGCUGUGGAAGAGCGAUGCGCCUUUACCAGAAACAGCAGAUGGAGGCGCUCAAAAGAAACAAGAGCCAAUGGCACCCCCGGCGUCAGAGCCACCGAAGCACACAGGAGAACCACAGAAAGAAGAUACAACGAUGAUGCCGUCAAGUACUCCCUUUUUCGGCGUCGAUGGGCAUUUUGCAUCAUUUCCGCAAAAUCUGGAUGAUUUUUCGGCUUUCUUCGGGAAUGAAUUUGGAUCGAAUAUUGAUUCUGGACACGGCUGA